GAGGAGAGGAGGAGGAGAGGAGAGGAGGAGGAGGAGAGGAGGAGGAGGAGCGGAGAGGAGAGGAGGAGGAGCGGAGAGGAGAGGAGGAGGAGCGGAGAGAGAGAGAAGACUCAGCAGGGAAGAUGGCGACCGCAGGGUCCGCCGAACGGCCCGGCAGACCGGCCAGCGCCUCCGCCGGCAAGUACCGGGCCGGGUCCGGAACUAGGUGCGGGUCCCGGUCCGGGUCCGGGUCCGGCCCGCUGGAGACCGCCGGGUGUCCGCAGGCCGGCGGCAGCGGCAGCGCGGCGCCCUGCGGACACCCGGCGGCCUGUCCGCUCCUCACAGCCCAGAGACGCUCCGGCAGCGGCAGCAGAGACCGAGACCGGCUCCGGAGGAGGACUCACCCGGAGAGGAGCAGCAGCAGGCCGGCCAGGAGGGACUGCGACAGCCGCAGAGAGUUCUUCGUCUCUCCGGCUCUCGUCCCAAAAUGUUGUGACGUUUCAUCAGGACCGACCGGGAAGCACAAGCUGUUGUUGUCUGAGGACAGAGAGGAGGUGAAGAGGAGGAACUGUAAAGACGAUGAAGAGCCUGGAGUUCUGUCUGACUCUGAGAACGAGGAGCCGAUCAGCAGGAGGAUCAGAAACAUCUCAGCCUUCAUCAGGAAAACCAAAAGCUGUGCAGCCUUCACAGGUGGUUCUCAGAGGAGUCAGAGCUGCACCGACCCGAUGGAGGACAGAGGAGCGAAGCUGAAGGUCGUCACCCAGCCGGCCCUCAUGGACACAGUGGGCAUCGGUCACAGUUCCACAGCAGGAAUCCUCCUCUCCUCUGAGAACAGUCGCUCCGUCUCGGCUCCCAUCACCGCUCCGGACCGGAGGCUCACCUGGCGAGCUGUCGUCUCGUCGUCGUUAUCGUCGACUCCUCUGGGCGUCCCUCCGCCGCGCCCCGAGCGCUCCAUCAGCCCCGAGAGCAACGACAGCAUCUCGGAAGAGCUCAACCACUUCAAACCCAUCGUCUGCUCGCCGUGCACGCCGCCCAAACGCCUGCCAGACGGCCGUCUGAUGGAGCCCAACAUCGUGAAGUCCACGCCCCGGAACCUGACCCGCGGCCUGCAGAAGGCCACCAGCUACGAGGCCAGUCCCGCUGUCCUGCAGAAGUGGCGGCAGAUCGAACUCGACCGCCAGAGCCUCAAAGUGAACUCCAAGGCGACGCUGACGAGCCCCGUUAACGAGCUCCACGGCAAGACCGGCGGGGGGGAGGAAGCAAAGACCCGUCGGUCCCUGGCGGGACGGGACGGAGACGGAGUGACGGCCGUCAACAAGAGGAGGCUGCUGUUCGACCCUCCGGCCGGAGACGCGGACCCCUUCCAAAAACAGUCUGUGAAGAUCCGGGUCCCCGCGAUCCGCUACAGCAGCGAGGCCACUUUCAGAGGAAGUUCAGACUUUGAGCCGACAGUCGGCGCUCCAGAGUCCUGCAGCGGGGGACCGCUUUUCAGCCGGAAACAGUCCUUCUCGCCGUACACUAAGAACUCCGGGUUCCAGUCCUGUAAGUUAGUGCCAAAGGACUCGCAGAGUCCGAGGAAGGAGUCCGACAGUAGCCUCCACAACCAGUCUACCUCAAGGAGGGGCAAGAAGCGGGAACAGAAGACCAAACACCUGGACUCGGAGCGGGACUCGGAUCUGAAGAGGAGCUGGUCGGUCAGCCAGGAGGCCUUCGACGAACGCUACAUCCGUCAGAUCCGGCAGGAGCGUCAGGACCGGGCGAUCGCCCUGAAGCUGCAGAGACAGUUCGACCUGGAGAACCAGACCGUCAACCGCCGGAGGAGCCCCGACAAGUACUUCCUGCGGUCCUGGAUGUCCAAUCAAAACCACCGCAGGAGGCGUGGCCUGAGGAGAUCUCGACGAAUCAACAAGAAGCACUAGAGAGCGAGUCGCCUGCUGGAACUUGGAACAAAGAGGGACAGGAAGUGGUUCAUAUUAUGCAAAGUGACGAAAGGUUUGAAUGUUUUUACACGAACAGUGGAGGAAAACGUUCCAUCAACUUCCUCCAGACGUUGUUUAGUUUGAUCGUUUCACCAGCAAAUCACCAAAAACUGAACGAGGAUCAGUCUGAAACCUGAAACCUGGACUGCCAUCGGCACGUCUCUGGAGGACCCACGAGAUCCUGGACCAGAACUCAUAAAAUACACAACUGUUGCUGUAUAAAUCUGACUUCAGGGUCCACUGGAGGUCUGAGGCUUCAGGGUCCACUGUAGGUCUAAACCUUCAGGGUCCACUGGAGGUCUGAGGCUUCAGGGUCCACUGGAGGUCUGAGGCUUCAGGGUCCACUGGAGGUCUAAACCUUCAGGGUCCACUGGAGGUCUGAGGCUUCAGGGUCCACUGGAGGUCUGAAGCUUCAGGGUCCACUGGAGGUCUAAACCUUCAGGGUCCACUGGAGGUCUGAGGCUUCAGGGUCCACUGGAGGUCUGAAGCUUCAGGGUCCACUGGAGGUCUGAAGCUUCAGAGUCCACUGGAGGUCUAAACCUUCAGGGUCCACUGGAGGUCUUAAGCUUCAGGGUCCACUGGAGGUCUGAAGCUUCAGAGUCCACUGGAGGUCUAAACCUUCAGGGUCCACUGGAGGUCUGAGGCUUCAGGGUCCACUGGAGGUCUGAAGCUUCAGGGUCCACUGGAGGUCUAAAGCUUCAGGGUCCACUGGAGGUCUAAACCUUCAGGGUCCACUGGAGGUCUAAAGCUUCAGGGUCCACUGGAGAUCUGAGGCUUCAGGGUCCACUGGAGGUCUGAAGCUUCAGGGUCCACUGGAGGUCUGAAGCUUCAGGGUCCACUGGAGGUCUGAAGCUUCAGGGUCCACUGGAGGUCUGAGGCUUCAGGGUCCACUGGAGGUCUAAACCUUCAGGGUCCACUGGAGGUCUGAGGCUUCAGGGUCCACUGGAGGUCUAAACCUUCAGGGUCCACUGGGGGUCUGAGGCUUCAGGGUCCACUGGAGGUCUAAACCUUCAGGGUCCACUGGAGGUCUGAAGCUUCAGGGUCCACUGGAGGUCUGAAGCUUCAGGGUCCACUGGAGGUCUGAAGCUUCAGGGUCCACUGGAGGUCUAAACCUUCAGGGUCCACUGGAGGUCUGAGGCUUCAGGGUCCACUGGAGGUCUGAAGCUUCAGGGUCCACUGGAGGUCUGAAGCUUCAGAGUCCACUGGAGGUCUAAACCUUCAGGGUCCACUGGAGGUCUGAGGCUUCAGGGUCCACUGGAGGUCUGAAGCUUCAGGGUCCACUGGAGGUCUAAAGCUUCAGGGUCCACUGGAGAUCUGAGGCUUCAGGGUCCACUGGAGGUCUGAAGCUUCAGGGUCCACUGGAGGUCUGAAGCUUCAGGGUCCACUGGAGGUCUAAACUUUCAGGGUCCACUGGAGGUCUGAACCUUCAGGGUCCACUGGAGGUCUAAAGCUUCAGGGUCCACUGGAGGUCUGGGUCUUCAGGGGCCCCGUAUCUCCUCCCACUCUG